AUGACAAGUAUCAGACACUAUCAGAAGCACUAUAUCCUCCUCAUCCGCAGCAUCCUUCCCAUUAGGUGUUUUUCCACCUUGGAGGAGGCCAAGUUGGCCUGUGCCGAUGCCAUUGGCCUUUGCAGCGGGAUCUCAGCGCAGAGCAACGUCUGCAACGGCACCUGGACGUUGAAUGUGGGCUCCGCUGACACUGUGGAGGUGGCGGAAGCGACCUUGAGCUUAAAAACCUUGACAGUGGACCGGGAGUGUUUGAAGAAUGUACAAAAUGCCAACGCUUCCAAAUAUGUCAUUCAUCUCAACAACAAGUCCUGGGUGGAAGCCGAGAAGCUCUGCGCAGAGGAGGGGCUACAGCUGGCUACGCCUCACAGCCGCGAAGAUGUGAAGGCACUCACGGCGGCGAUGGAGUUGAAGGGCGCUGCUAAGGCGCACAUCGGCCUGCGCCGCGACGUGCAGUUCGGCAAGGGUCCAUGGACGGAUCCUUCAGCCUUCUACUGGGUCACCGGAGAGAAAUUGGAGACGGACUGGCCCGGCUGGGGAGGCUAUGGACUGGCCUCGUUGAGCACGAAUUUGUUGGAGGGUCUGCCGGUGAAGCAGCCGCACCUCGAAGCCUUCCUGGAAGGUUGCUGCUACCUGGGCUAUUUCCAGACCUUAGAGGAGGACGGCACCAAGGGUGCGGGCGACACGACCUGCGACCACUUCCGCAUUCCCUUCGCAUGUCAACCCAUUGAGGAGCGACAGAUGGUCGAUGUGACCACAACCACCAGCACUGCGGCGCCCUGGUUCUAUGGCCUCGCGCUGCGUGGCAGCGGCAGCUGCCCGCAAGAUAUGAAGGUCUCCCCGGUGCCGCUGAGUCAGUGUCAGGAGGCAGCCAUGAAGGCUCAGCUACCACCAGGCGCCAAACGCGGCCGAACGGCCCUGCAAGCGGGUUAUGAUGUGGGCUCCAAGGAUGCCUCGCAACCAUGGUUGGGCGCGCCGCCGGGAUGCUCCUUGCACAGCGGGAGCGACUGGGCGCCUGUCUUCAACCUGGGUCAAGGUGUGAACAACGGCGAGUACACCCCGCUCUGUAUGCAGCCGCAGCCCAAUGAAUCGACCUACCUGGCCAAAGGCAUUGAAGUGGUGGAGACAGCUUUCCCCUACGAUCGCUCCGGCAAGUACUUCUACUUUCCAGCUGAGGAGACUGCUGAGGACUGGGAAGAGAAGACGGGCCGCGACUUGUCGCCACACGGCUCCACCCAAUCCGUCAGCCAAUAUCGCCACAACUUUCCCGUCUGGAGCGGCAUCGUGAGGGUCUGGCGCAACGUCCUUGGCGUCCACGGUCGCCGCGAGUUCAACGCCAUGGCGGAGCAGUGGCAACGUGGCGACGUCAUCGAAGUGGGCGUCAUGUGCCCGGCAGGUUUUUCGCUGGUGCCCUAUGACUUGGAUGGUCCGGAUCAGAUGCAUUUCGACACCGACACCUUAGGAGGCUGUGCGCAGAAGUGCCAAGAAGUGGUCAAGUGCAGUAGUUUCGAGUUUUCUCAUUCGGAGUCGAGUUGCAACACCUUCUCCAACAGCAUGGAGAACUUCAAAGCCUUUCUCAGUCGACCCAACGAAUGGAUCUCCUGUGCCCGCUCUGAUCUGCUGCGGGGUGAAUCUACCGCCGCCUUGGAUGCAGCACAGCCUUCAGCGGCACGGAGCGAGGAAGCCUACGCCUGGAAGAAGGCCUUGGGCCUCUGCGUCUUUGCCGACGGCAGCGAAAUCACCUCAGGCUUUAGCCUGGGCAACUUGUCACUGAAGGAAUGCCAUGAGAGCUGCCGAAGUCAGUUGAGCUGUACCGCGUAUCAGAUGGAGGGAAGCGUCGGUAUUUGUUACCUCCACACCUCCAUCUACGCGGCCCGUGGCUCGGGGAAGACGGACGCGACCUGUUACAUCAAACCCGUGCUGAUGUCCUGCGGCACGUACGACAGCGAAGACUGUGCUGAGAGUUAUGCAAUUGCAGAGCAACGCGGGUCGACCACGGAGUUUUGUCAGAAAUGCAUGUCGAGCGAUGCGAUCUCCUUGCUCCGGGACAGGUGUCAACUUUGUUGCGAGAAAUGUUCCAUGAGUAUCGAGACGCCUACAACUGUAGGAGUGAACGCCAGCCGCGAGAUCGACUGCCCUCCCAACAGUUUCAACCUGGACGGCGAUGCGGCCAACGGUUGCGAGGUGGGCUGCCCCAAGGUGCCCGGAGCCAAUUGUCUGGAAUGCCCCAAUCCCAGUAAUUGCUCACGGAUGAUCUGUGCCGACAACUUCUACGACGCCGACGGAAACGAAAGCAAUGGCUGUGAAGUUCUUUGUCCGGGUGUGAACAAUGCAGUGUGCAAGAAGUGUGAGCAGGAUCUCUGCACCGUCUUCGAUUGUCAGUCGGGCUUCUUUGACGCCGAUUGGAACGUGCAGAACGGCUGCGAGGCCCCAUGUCCUGUGGUGCCCAAUGCCGAGUGCUUGCUGUGUCAGGGGCCCUACGUGUGCAAGGACUAUAAGUGUCAUCCCAACUUCUUCGAAGUGGAUGGGAACUACACCAACGGCUGCGAAACGGAAUGUACCACCUUUCCCAACGGCCAUUGCUCGGAGUGCCACAGCCCAAGCACCUGUGCCGUGGCCUUGACCUGCGACAAGGACUGGUACGACGCAGACGGUGUGCAUGAGAAUGGAUGUGAAGUGUUGUGCCCCAGCGUGAGCCAUGGCAAUUGCACAGCUUGCAGUGGGAAACCACUGGAAUGCUUCGAGAUGCAGUGCGACCCCAACUGGUUCGAUGUGGAUGGCCAAAUCCAGACAGGCUGCGAAGCCACCUGCCCCGUCGUGGACCACGGCCGUUGCACAACCUGCAGCAGCCCGGAGCAGUGUAGCAGCGUUAGCUGUCAUGCCAAUCGUUUUGAUGCCGACGAGCUUCCCAGCAAUGGCUGCGAAGCGGGAUGUCCUGAGGAGAACUACUUCAACGACGACCAGGAUCCACGCAACGGCUGCGAAGCGGGUUGUCCCGAGGUGCCGGGAGGUGAUUGCAAGGACUGCAGCAGUUCUUGGGAAUGCGAAAGCGUGCAGUGCUUCGAGAACCGCUUCGACGCCGACGGAACUGCUUUGAACGGCUGCGAAGCCGGCUGCGCUCAGCUGCCGCAGGCCAACUGCACGAAAUGCUUCGGCCCUGGCACCUGUGCCGUGUUGAAGUGCCAUGCCAAUUGGGCCAACCGCGAUGGAGAUGUCAUGAACGGAUGUGAGAUGCAAUGUGGGGAGGUGUUGAAUGCCAACUGCCUGGAUUGUUUGAUUGUGGGCGGCUGUUCGAAAGUGCAGUGUUCGCCCAACUUCUUCGAUGAUGACGGGGAUCCAUUGAACGGCUGCGAAGCAGGCUGCCCCAACGUGACGCAUGGCCAAUGUUUGAGUUGUAGCAGCUCCAGCCAGUGUACGAAGCUAGCGUGCGAGGCCAACUGGUUUGAUGCCGACGGAGACCGACAAAGCUGCGAAGCGCCCUGCGGCGACGUCUUAGGAGGGACGUGUUUGAAGUGCAGCGGCCCCACCAACUGCACCAAGGUUCAGUGUCAUGACAACUACUACGAUGAGGAUGGCAAACCUCAGAACGGUUGCGAGAUUUUGUGUCCCAGCGUGUCCCAUGGCGUUUGCAAACGCUGCGACAGCCAAGGCGAACCACGCUGCACGUCAGUGGUCUGUGAGAAGAAUUGGUUUGACGCAGACGACACGGCGCAGAUGAAUGGAUGCGAGACCGGCUGCCCCGAGCUGAGCCAUGCCAAAUGUCUGAGUUGCAACAGGCCAGGCAGUUGCCAGAAAAUCACCUGUGAUAAGAACUGGUUCAACGAGGAUGGAAACAUCUCCAAUGGCUGCGAGGAGACGUGUCCUCAUGUUCCGCAAGGAACGUGUGUGGACUGCGAAAGUCCCGAGGUCUGCGAUAAGUUAGAAUGCAAUAAAAACUAUUUCGACGUCGAUGGCGCCCCGGACAACGGCUGCGAAACCACCUGCCCGCGCGUGGUGUGGGCCUUGUGCCUGGAGUGCAGGCAGCCGGACGUCUGCGACAAGUUGACCUCGUGUCCGCCGAACCACUUCAACUUCGAUGGCGACAACUCCAAUGGCUGCGAGAGUGUUUGUAUGAAUGUCACUGGUGGAACCUGCACCUCUUGCACCACUUUGGACAAUUGCAAGGCUGUGAAGUGUUUCAACAACAGUUUCGACACGGAUGGCAACGCCAGCAACGGCUGCGAAGAAAGCUGUUCCUCUCCGCUGAAUGCUGACUGCGUGAGCUGUGAGGAGGCCAACACCCGCGACUUCAUGAAAUGUCACCGUAACUACUACGAUGCCGACCACAAGAUGUCCACGGGAUGCGAGGUGCUAUGUCCCAGUGUGGAAGGAGGCUCCUGCGCUGCUUGCGCAGAUGUGGACACGUGCACUGCAGUGCAGUGUGACCCAGGGCGUGCCAAUGCGGAUGGCCGAACUGAGAACGGCUGCGAGGUCACCUGCCCCUCCGUGGCGCAUGGCCUUUGCGUUCGCUGUGGAGGAGGCAGCAAUUGCACCGCGGUUCACUGUGAUGAGAACUGGUUCAACUUGGAUCACAACCCGAUGAACGGCUGCGAAGUGCACUGUCCGGAGGUUCCCAAUGGUGUUUGUUUGGGCUGCAGCAGUGCAACAACUUGCACAUCUGUGAGUUGCAGGGCCAACUUCUUCGACGUGGAUGGGGACAGCUCCAAUGGCUGCGAGGCGGGCUGUCAAGCCUUGCCCAAUGCCAUGUGUUCGGAGUGCUCCUCAUGGGACAGCUGUGAGAAAUACAGCUGCACCAAAGGGGCUUUCGACUUUGAUGGCAAAGCCGACAACGGCUGCGAAGUUCGUUGUCCCACUCUGCCGCACGGCAAUUGCACGGACUGCAGCGAUGCUGCCACAUGCACGGAUUUGGAGUGCGAGCCGAACUUCUUUGAUGCAGACGGUUUUGUUUACAAUGGCUGCGAAGCAGGGUGUCCCGAACUGCCCGGGGCGAAAUGCGUGCGUUGCGGCAGCCCCGGGAGCUGCAGCCAGUUGCAAUGCCUGGAGAACUUCUGGGACGCUGACGGCCUGGUGGAGAACGGCUGCGAGGGCAGCUGCCCGGAUUUGCCGAUGGCCAAGUGUACCAGGUGCCAGGAGCCGGGCAUUUGUCAUGCCAUGAACUGCGAACCAGGUUAUUACGAUGCAGACGGCACUGUCAGCAAUGGCUGCGAGCUGCACUGUCCACUUCUGCCACACGCCACGUGCACCAAGUGUGACGCAUCGACCUGCUUCCAGCUUACUUGCGAAAAGAACUGGUUUGACAAGGAUCACUCCGUGGAGAAUGGCUGCGAGAUGCAAUGCCCCUGGGUGCCCCAUGGCAGCUGCACCAGUUGCAGCAGCGCGGACUUUUGCAGCUCCGUACGCUGUGACAAGAACUAUUUUGACGAAGAUGGGGAUGCUUCAAACGGCUGCGAGGCGGGUUGCCCGAAGGUGCCCAAUGGCCACUGCAGCAGCUGCAACGAUGCGCACAGCUGCAACAUCUAUACCUGCGAGGUGAACCAUUUCGAGGCCGAUGGCAACGCCAGCAACGGCUGUGAGAGGACUUGUCCCAAGGUGCAGGGCGGGCACUGCACGGCCUGUCAGAGUCCCUUGCACUGCAGCAGCUUCACCUGCCACGCGGACAGUUUAGAUGUGGAUGGCCUGGUGGACAAUGGCUGCGAGGUGACAUGUGAUCCCUGCACCUUUGCCAACAAGACAAGGAAUGCGUGUCAACACAAGCAAUAUGCUCCGUCCUGUCUCAAGGGCGAUGAGACGCAAAGGACGGGGAUCUCUGGACUUUGGCUCCACAAUGGCUUAGUGAAGAGGUGUGUUUCCUUGUCUUUUAUUCAGGAAUUUUAUGGAUUCAUCAUGUAUUUAUGA